GCCCGUCUGAGUGGUCUGCAGCAGAUUACCGAAGGUUUGAGACGAAAACGGACUCCUCCCUCCUCCUUCACUUCUAGACAGGCCCAGUAGGAUGAUUUCUGUUGUAGGUAGGCGCAUUUACUGAAGACCCAGCUAUUUUCCUUUCCCCAGGCUUGGUGGACCCGUAGAGGUGCAGUCCAGAGAACCCCUGUGUAUUGUGUGCCACCCUAAGUAACGAUCCCAGUAAGAUGACUGGAGUAUUCGACAGUCUUGUGACAGACAUGCAUUCUAGUCAGAUAAACACAACCAGCUACCACCACCUUCACAAGGCUCAGGAUUCGCCAACGCUUCCCGUUUCAACGGCAACAGACAGCAGUUACUACACAAAUCAACAACACGGAUCCCCGUAUCCCCACCACCAGCUGCAACCUUCUUACCAGCAGCAGUUCCAGACUGGAACCAACAGCGGCUGCCUCGCCUACAGUGCCAAGCCCUACGAGUUGAGCUACAGCAGCGCUUACAGCAGUACCUACGGACAGUACGGCAGCAGUACCUCUCCUCAACACCCAGAGAACGAAAAAGAAGACUGCGAGCCCGAAAUCAGAAUAGUAAAUGGAAAGCCAAAGAAAGUUCGAAAACCACGGACCAUUUAUUCCAGUUUCCAACUGGCAGCAUUACAAAGGCGAUUCCAAAAAACCCAGUAUCUAGCUUUGCCAGAGAGGGCUGAGCUGGCAGCUUCCUUGGGCCUUACUCAGACUCAGGUAAAGAUCUGGUUUCAAAACCGACGAUCCAAGUUCAAGAAGUUGUGGAAGAGUGGAGAAAUGCCCGCAGAGCAGCAACAUACAGGACCAAGUGACUCUCCCCCAUGUAGCUCUCCUGCUGCCUCAGUUAAUUGGGACUUCUCUCCACAUCAGAGAAUGACUACAAAUUCUGUCCCCCCUCAGAGCAGUAGUCCUAACACAGCGGCUCCAGCUUUUCUAGGAAAUUAUUCUUGGUAUCCUGCAUCUAAUUCGACUUCACAUCUUCAGGCCAGCUCCCUCCUACAACAUCAUCACAGCUCUGCGGUUGGGGCAGGGGCUAUAUUCUAAAAUAUUUUCUUUUCAUCAGAGAACUGCAUAGAAUAAAGGCUACAAAAAGAAAUGAACUUCUCACCAAACUCAGUGAAUGCAGCUGCGAGGGACGUGUGGUAUGCAUUUCGUAUACUUGCACAGACGUGUUGCUACAAAUCGAAGGUGAUUUUGUAGUUUGUUCUUUAACACCAAAAAUAACAAAUAAAUGGAUGGGAGACCUGUUUUUUUAGUUCCAAGAAAAUCGUGUCACCAUUCCAAAUUUAGUUCUUUUGAUAUUAGCCCCCCCAAAAGGCGCUUAACAAAAUAUAAAAUGUUACAAGCUGCAGAUACAGUAUUAAUUGCCUUGUCUUGCGGGGGUCUUACAUGAAAGGGAAACUGUUGUGUGAAGAUGAUAAGUUAAAAGCAAGACACGAUUCCAUUCGUAAACUGCACAUUUUAGUAAGAAAUGUGUAGCAUCAAACCACCACUAAAAUAUCUCAAGCAUGUGUUUCAAAUAGGUGCCUUGGACAAUGACCUCAUUUUGACGUUUCAAGAAAAUAUAUGUAGAUAUAAACUUGUGUUUUAAAUUAUAUUUUAUGAAAGGUUGUACGGGAGUUAGUCUGUAUGACAAUCACGGUUGUGUUUGUAUGAAAAUGUCAUUUUUGUAGAUUCCUUCUACCUUAUUAAUAUGCAUUACCAGUUUAUUUUAUGAAACCUACAGAAAUUCAAAAGUUAAUUACAUGGACAAACGAACGUGUUUCUUCCUUUUCUUGUCAUGGUUUCUCAAGUACGAAUUUGUUUAGUUUUGUAACCAGUUUGGAAAAUAAGGUCAAAAUAUUGACAGUUAAUUUUCCCCCAACACACACAAGCACGUACGCUUAUUGUCUCUUAAAUUACAAUGUAAAACGAAUGCCACCCCACACCCACAUGCAUAUACACACAUAUUGUUUGUCUUAAACUGAGAUGCAUUUUGUUAUUUAUUAUGAAACAUUACUGCAGUGUUGCUUUUAUGACAUGAAGAGAUUAUUUAAAAUAAAAUAUUGUUUCAGUGUAA